ACAGGUCUAUCUUCUGUCUCAAACGAUGAAGUCUAUUGUGUUGCUGCUGGCGAUCGUGGGCGCCGCUUCGGCUUUACGCCCGGAUGCAGUGGAAGUGAUUACCACCUUCAAAGACAUCGCACCACGCUACAAGGCAGCCUUGGACCAGGAGGAAUCGGCACUGGUGUCCGUGAAGAGCAACGUAUCUACGCAGCUGGUGAACUUCCAUCUGGAUGUGAUCAACUCGAAGGAAGUCUUUGUCGAUGCGGUCGUCGAGCGUGAGGACUACAUUCUGGGCCAGAUCGCUCGUCAGACGGAGGCCGAUACCGUGUGCCUGGGAUUCGUGAAGUCGAGCAGCGAGAUGACGGUCAACCUUGCUGGUGUGUCGUUCACCAACUGCAUCAACGCCGCCGACCUUGCACUCAACACCAAAUUGACCGACUACAGCGGAUCGCUGGGUAGAAUGGCCUCGCAGCUGUCGCAAUUGCGUCUGCUCGAUGUGUUCCGUGGGGACAACAUUUUCUACACUCCGGCCAGGAUCAACCAGAAGUUAAACGAAAAGCUGCUCGCGCUGCAGGAAAACCCGGCCCUGAGUGCGACUGAAAUCGAGGCGUUGGUCGAGGCCGUCUCCCAGGAUCUGGGUGGUAUCUUGAACACCUACAACACCUGCAUGACCGGUGCAUCGACCAUGGCCGAGCAGGGUCUCUCCAUGUGCGUUACUCAGAUGACGGUGAUCUGUGGAGCCGUCCUGCAGGAUUCGGAACUGCCACAGUAACUCGUAUUUGAUCCAUAAAAUGU